UCUAAAAUCCUCAGAACCAAACUCAACCUCAGAAAAACCUUGCCUUGUUGUAUUCCCUUGUUGCCACGUGUCCUUCCCUCACACCACUAACUGAAAAAAAACCAACUGUUUCAUUUUCCAAACAGUCACUACUCUCCACAGAAAUAUAAGCUCAAAACCUUUCAGUUCUUCAAACGAAAGAAAAGAAGAAGAACCAUCACUGAAACACAAGCAGAACCCAGAGAGAGUUACAUAAUUUCAGACCCAUUUUUCUGAAACCUCUCUCUCUCUCCCCGUUUAUAUACAUUUUUAUCUGUACAUUUUCUCCACUUUCUCUCUGUAUAACCAGAAAACAGAGGGAGAGUUGUUGAUUCUUGAAUUACAGGCUUGAACAAUGGCUUCUUUAGUUUCUUCACCUUUUACAUUACCCACCACUAAAGUAGACCAUCUCUCAUCAUUCUCUCAAAAGCACUACUUUCUACACUCUUUUCUUCCCAAGAAAACCAACCAAACCAACUCCAAAUCACAGAUGAGAGUGAAAUGUGCUGCAGUUGGCAAUGGCCUAUUCACCCAGACCACACCCGAGGUUCGUCGAAUUGUCCCCGAGAACAUUCAAGGCCUUCCUACCGUUAAAAUUGUAUAUGUAGUCAUAGAAGCUCAAUACCAGUCUUCCCUUUCCGCUGCCGUUCAAACUCUGAACAAAAAUGGGACCUUCGCUUCAUUUGAAGUUGUUGGGUACUUGGUUGAGGAGCUUAGAGAUGAGACUACAUACCAAACUUUCUGUAAAGAUGUUGAAGAGGCAAAUAUCUUUAUUGGGUCAUUGAUUUUUGUUGAAGAGCUUGCUCUAAAGGUUAAGGCUGCAGUGGAGAAAGAGAGGGACAGGCUUGAUGCAGUCUUGGUGUUCCCUUCAAUGCCUGAAGUAAUGAGACUCAACAAGUUGGGUUCAUUUAGUAUGUCACAACUUGGUCAAUCAAAGAGUCCAUUCUUUCAGCUAUUCAAGAAAAAGAAGCAAUCAGCUGGAUUUGCUGAUCAGAUGUUGAAGCUUGUCCGGACAUUACCUAAGGUUUUAAAGUACUUGCCAAGUGAUAAGGCUCAAGAUGCUAGGCUUUAUAUUCUUAGUUUGCAGUUUUGGCUUGGCGGAUCACCUGAUAAUUUGGUGAAUUUCUUGAAAAUGAUUUCUGGGUCUUACAUUCCGGCUCUGAAAGGCAUGAAAAUCAAGUAUUCAGAUCCGGUUUUGUUCUUGGAUAGUGGAAUUUGGCAUCCUUUGGCCCCUUGUAUGUAUGAUGAUGUGAAGGAGUAUUUGAAUUGGUAUGGAACUAGGAGGGAUGCUAACGAGAAGCUCAAGAGUCCGAAUGCUCCUGUAGUUGGGUUGAUUCUACAGAGGAGCCAUAUUGUCACUGGUGAUGAGAGCCAUUAUGUGGCUGUGAUUAUGGAAUUGGAGGCAAGAGGGGCUAAGGUGAUUCCAAUUUUUGCUGGUGGACUCGAUUUUUCGGGUCCCGUUGAGAGAUUCUUGAUUGAUCCAAUUACUAAGAAGCCAUUUGUGCAUUCAGUGGUGUCACUGACUGGAUUUGCUCUAGUUGGGGGACCAGCGAGGCAGGAUCAUCCAAGGGCUGUUGAGGCUCUGAGUAAGCUUAAUGUGCCUUACAUUGUUGCAUUGCCUUUGGUGUUCCAGACUACAGAGGAGUGGUUGAAUAGCACAUUGGGGCUGCACCCAAUUCAGGUGGCCCUGCAGGUUGCUCUUCCAGAGCUCGAUGGAGGCAUGGAGCCUAUUGUUUUCUCGGGCCGGGAUCCUAGAACAGGGAAAUCACAUGCUCUUCACAAGAGAGUGGAGCAGCUCUGCACCAGGGCAAUCAGAUGGGGUGAGCUAAAGAGGAAAUCGAAGGAAGAGAAGAAGCUAGCAAUCACCGUUUUCAGUUUCCCACCAGACAAAGGAAAUGUUGGAACAGCUGCAUACCUGAACGUUUUUGCCUCCAUUUUCUCUGUCCUCAAGGACCUUCAAAAAGAUGGUUACAAUAUUGAGGGUCUACCAGAGACUUCUGAGGACCUAAUUGAAGAUAUACUUCAUGAUAAAGAGGCUCAAUUCAGCAGUCCAAAUCUUAACAUUGCCUACAAAAUGGGCGUGAGAGAGUAUCAGAAGCUAACACCAUAUGCUGCUGCACUGGAAGAGAACUGGGGAAAACCCCCUGGUAAUUUGAAUGCCGAUGGAGAGAAUCUCUUGGUCUAUGGAAAACAGUAUGGAAACGUCUUCAUUGGGGUUCAGCCCACAUUUGGCUAUGAGGGUGACCCUAUGCGUCUUCUUUUCUCUAAAUCAGCUAGCCCGCAUCAUGGAUUUGCUGCUUAUUACUCCUUUGUUGAAAAAAUUUUCAAAGCUGAUGCUGUUCUUCAUUUUGGUACUCAUGGUUCCCUUGAAUUCAUGCCUGGAAAACAGGUGGGAAUGAGCGAUGUUUGUUAUCCUGAUAGUCUUAUCGGAAACAUUCCCAAUGUCUAUUACUAUGCUGCAAACAACCCAUCUGAAGCUACCAUAGCCAAACGACGGAGUUAUGCCAAUACCAUUAGCUAUUUGACUCCUCCAGCAGAAAAUGCUGGUCUCUACAAGGGACUCAAGCAGCUAAGUGAGCUGAUCUCAUCAUACCAAUCUCUUAAAGACACUGGUCGAGGGCAACAGAUUGUGAGUUCUAUUAUCAGCACAGCUAAACAAUGCAAUCUUGACAAGGAUGUUGAUCUUCCUGAAGAAGGUGAAGAAAUCUCGGUUAAAGAGCGCGAUCUUGUGGUGGGGAAAGUUUAUUCCAAAAUCAUGGAGAUUGAAUCCCGCCUUUUGCCUUGUGGACUUCAUACCAUUGGUGAGCCUCCAUCUGCCAUGGAGGCAGUCGCGACCCUUGUUAAUAUUGCUGCAUUAGACCGUCCUGAAGAUGGAAUUUCCUCACUCCCAGCAAUUCUGGCUGAUACAGUUGGAAGAGAGAUAGAGGAUGUUUAUAGAGGGAGUGACAAGGGCAUCUUAAAAGACGUGGAACUGCUUUGUCAAAUAACCGAGGCAUCACGUGGAGCUAUUUCUACCUUCGUGGAGAAAACAACUAACAAGAAGGGUCAAGUUGUAGAUGUAGCUGACAGGCUGAGCUCAAUCCUUGGUUUUGGUAUAAAUGAACCAUGGGUUCAGUACUUGUCGGACACCAAAUUUUACAGGGUUGACAGGGAGAAACUUAGAACUUUGUUCAAGUUCUUAGGGGAGUGCUUGAAGUUAAUUGUGGCUGAUAACGAGUUGGGAAGUUUGAAACAAGCUCUGGAAGGGAAGUAUGUUGAGCCAGGUCCAGGUGGGGAUCCAAUCAGAAACCCGAAAGUUUUGCCAACUGGGAAGAACAUUCACGCGCUGGAUCCACAAUCUAUUCCAACAACUGCAGCACUGCAGAGUGCGAAGGUUGUGGUCGAUAGAUUGCUUGAGAGGCAGAAGGCUGAUAAUGGAGGAAAGUACCCUGAAACAGUUGCACUCGUGUUGUGGGGAACAGAUAAUAUCAAGACAUAUGGGGAGUCAUUGGCUCAGGUCUUGUGGAUGAUUGGUGUUAGGCCUGUUGCAGAUUCAUUUGGACGAGUAAACCGGGUGGAAUCUGUUAGCCUUGAAGAGCUCGGGAGACCAAGGAUUGAUGUUGUAGUUAAUUGCUCUGGUGUGUUCAGAGACCUUUUCAUCAAUCAGAUGAAUCUCCUUGACCGGGCAGUGAAAAUGGUAGCUGAAUUGGAUGAGUCGGAAGAUGAAAAUUAUGUCAGAAAACAUGCACUAGAACAAGCCAAAGCGCUUGGCGUUGAGGUUAGAGAAGCUGCUACCCGAAUCUUCUCAAAUGCCUCUGGCUCCUACUCUUCCAAUAUAAACCUUGCUGUUGAGAAUUCUUCGUGGAAUGAUGAGAAGCAGCUUCAGGAUAUGUACCUGAGCCGGAAGUCCUUUGCAUUUGACUGCGAUGCUCCUGGUGCAGGCAUGACUGAGAAGCGAAAAGUUUUUGAAAUGGCAUUAAGUACAGCUGAAGCCACAUUCCAAAACCUUGAUUCAUCAGAAAUCUCACUUACGGAUGUGAGUCACUACUUUGAUUCAGACCCGACCAACCUUGUACAGAAUCUGAGAAAGGAUGGGAAGAAGCCUAAUGCAUAUGUUGCAGACACAACCACAGCUAAUGCACAGGUACGCACACUUGCUGAGACUGUGCGCCUUGAUGCAAGGACCAAGUUAUUGAACCCCAAGUGGUAUGAAGGAAUGUUGUCCACUGGGUACGAGGGUGUACGAGAAAUUGAGAAGCGCCUCACUAAUACUGUUGGCUGGAGUGCAACUUCCGGCCAAGUUGACAAUUGGGUCUAUGAAGAGGCUAAUACAACUUUCAUUCAAGAUGAGGAGAUGUUGAACAGGCUCAUGAGCAAGAAUCCAAAUUCUUUCAGGAAAUUGUUGCAGACAUUCUUGGAGGCCAAUGGACGUGGGUAUUGGGAAACUUCAGAAGACAAUAUUGAGAGAUUAAGGCAGUUGUAUUCAGAAGUUGAAGACAAGAUUGAGGGUAUUGAUCGGUAAACUAUGAACCAAUAAAAUAUCUCCCGAGUACAAAUAACAUCGCCUAUGUACUUGAGCUAUCUUUCUCUUUUGAUCUCAUGAGGAUGCAUAAAUGCAACUUCGAUGAAUGUGAAUCUGUUUAGAAAUUCCCCAUUGUAAUUUUAUUCAUUUUUGGGGUUUUUUUCAUUGUGCUGUAACUUCUGAGAGAAACUUUUCUUCAGCAUGAACGUGUGACACUAAUAUUCCCAGUAAUUUAAGAUGCAAUAAUUACUUUCCAAAUUAGCACUUCCAUUACUAGCAUAAGUAGUUGUCACUGG